GUUCUAACCUCUGAAAUCAUAAACCAUAAUAAGACUUAUAAAUUGAUUAUCUCAAGUACUUUCACUUAGUGAUGGACAACUGCCUAAUGGAAGAGGUCUCAAGGAACCUAUUUGAAAAUGGACAUAAUACUACGAUAUAGAGAAAGGUGUUGUCUGAUUCAUACCAAUGUGGAAUGGGAUCUGAAUCCUAUGGAAAUAUGCAAAAGUAAGUUAUUUGUUCCAUGGCAGAAUUAGGGAAAUGCAGCUUCAGGAGGAACAGCUUGUGCUCACAAAAUUACUGAUUAUGUGAUCGUUUUCAAAGAGGAUUUGGGCCAUUGAAGACAACAGGGAUGACUGGUCUCAGGUGGUUUUUGAUAUCUCCUCUAACCAGCAAGCCUACUACAGAAGGGUUAAAAGGCAUUGGCUCAAGAAGUAAAGCACAAGCAUGACUUGUUGGUGAUGCACUUGGGGACACACAUGAGAUCUCAGAGACGGACACACACUUCCACCAGAGAGUUUCUGAUGGGACCGGUUCAUAUAAAACACAUUCUGUUUCCACUUUCUUCUCAUUUCGACACUUCUACCCAACCCUUAACUACUGCAGACUUCCAGUCAGAAAUAAGACCAAGGUGAGUAAUAAUAUCACAGCAGAAUAAACUAUAGCGACGAUGGAGUUCAUCCAUAAACUGUUUUGACUGCAUCCUAAGUGUCUUAGUGUCCUAAGGAUGGAAGUGUUUAUUGGGUUCACAGUGCAAGGUUUCAGCGCAUUGUUGUGGUGAUGUUAUAGACAGCAGGAACUAGAGGUGGCUACUCACAUCCAAGGUCAAGCGCACACAGCAAUGAGUUAUGCACGCAUGCUAAGUAAGUCUUCAGUUCUGGUCCAGGGAUGUGGAAAUGUUACCACCCACAUUCAGGGUGGGGCUUCUCACCUCAGCCCAAUUAAAGGAAAAAAUCCCUCACAAGCCCACAGGACAAUGUAUUCGAGACAAUUUGUCACUGAGUCUUCCGAGAUGGUUCUGCAUUGUAUCAAGCCCACAGACAAACGUCCACAAUCAAAACUAAAUAUCACGCCGGGGUUUGUUUAUUCAAUUUAAAUACACACUAAUACACCACGGGACCCAGGCAAGCAUCCCAGGUUUUCCCUCAGCUUCACAUAAGAUUUACAACAAUCUCUGUUUUGUUCACUUGAGCAUAUUAUUAGCACCUACAGUUCAUAGACUCGGACAUUUUAAUUGUAUGAAACCAUCAUGGAAAUUCACAGGUACGCGCAGAUGGAAAAAACAAAACAAAACGAAACAUCACGUGGUAGCACAGUGCCGUCAAGCAAUGACGUGACCUGGUCAUCAGCAAAUUAUAAAGUCAUCUGGGCAGAUGACAUUCUUUUAUUCUGAGUCAUUCCUGCACCAGGAUGACUUCUGAUUGCAUAAUGGGAUCAAAACCUUGUUUUUGGAAGCAAUGAAAACCCGUAAUGUCACUCUACAUUCAGAGGCACAGACACAGCCCUGCCUCCGUAAAGCUCCUAGAGUGCCAGCAAGAUCAAGUGGCACGCAGGCCGCGCGUGGGCGGGCAGCGUGGUGACGUCACGGUGCGUCGGGUGCGCCCCGCCUCGGCUCGGCUGGUCGCCAGGGGACGCUCGCGGGCCGGGUCUCCUUGGCAACCCUCCGCUCUGCCCCUCCGCCCCUUUAACCUUUAGGCUGCGCAGUUCCGGGUCCCUCUUCGUUCCGUCCCGUCCCGUCCCGUGCCUUCCCUCCCCACCCCUUUGGGCUUAUCCGGACCGGAAGCGAAGAUGGCGGCGGCGGCGGCCGAGCUGGUGAUCGGCUGGUGCAUCUUCGGCCUCUUGCUCCUGGCUAUUUUGGCCUUUUGCUGGGUCUACGUUCGGAAGUACCAGAGUCAGCGGGAAAGUGAGGUCGUCUCCACUGUGACAGCCAUUUUUUCACUGGCUGUUGCUCUGAUCACAUCAGCACUGCUGCCGGUGGAUAUAUUUUUGGUUUCUUACAUGAAAAAUCAAAAUGGCACAUUCAAGGACUGGGCUGACGCCAAUGUCACCGUACAGAUUGAGAAUACCGUUCUGUAUGGCUACUAUACUCUGUAUUCUGUCAUUCUCUUCUGUGUGUUCUUCUGGAUCCCGUUUGUGUACUUCUACUACGAAGAGAAGGAUGAGGACGACGCCAGCAAAUGCACCCAAAUUAAAACGGCGCUCAAGUACACUUUGGGAUUUGUUGUGAUCUGCGCUCUGCUGCUUCUCGUUGGUGCCUUUGUGCCUCUGCAUCUGCCCAACAACAACAACUCAACAGAGUGGGAAAAGGUGAAGCUCCUGUUUGAAGACCUUGGAACUGGUCGCCUGGCAGCUCUGUCCUUUUCCAUCAGCUCUCUGACCUUGAUUGGGAUGCUGGCGGCCAUAACCUACACAGCGUACGGCAUGUCGGCAUUACCUUUAAACCUAAUCAAAGGCACUAGAAGCACUGCCUACGAGCGCCUGGAGAACACGGAGGACAUCGAGGAAGUGGAGCAGCACAUUCAGACGAUUCGAUCCAAGAGCAAAGAUGGUCGACCUUUGCCAGCGAGGGAUAGACGUGCCUUAAAGCAAUGUGAAGAAAGACUAAGAACGCUUAGGAAAAGAGAGCGGCACUUGGAAUUCAUUGAAAACAGCUGGUGGACGAAAUUUUGUGGUGCCCUGCGCCCCCUGAAGAUCAUUUGGGGAAUAUUUUUCAUCCUCGUUGCGUUGCUGUUUGUAAUUUCUCUCUUCCUGUCAAAUUUGGAUAAAGCUCUUCAUUCAGCAGGAAUAGAUUCGGGUUUCAUCAUCUUCGGAACUAACCUGAGCAAUCCACUGAACAUGCUUUUGCCGUUGUUACAAACAGUGUUCCCUCUUGAUUACAUUCUUAUAACAAUUAUUAUUAUGUACUUUAUUUUUACUUCGAUGGCAGGAAUUCGAAACAUUGGCAUUUGGUUCUUUUGGAUUAGGUUAUAUAAAAUCAGAAGAGGGCGAACCAGGCCUCAGGCACUCUUAUUUCUCUGCAUGAUCCUCCUGCUCAUUGUCCUUCAUACCAGCUACAUGAUCUACAGUCUCGCGCCUCAGUACGUGAUGUACGGAAGCCAGAAUUACUUAAUAGAGAGCAAUAUAACUUCUGAUGCCCAUAAAGGCAAUUCAACCCUCGCUGUGCCAAAAAGAUGUGACGCAGAUGCCCCUAAAGAUCAGUGUACUGUUACCCGAACAUACAUUUUCCUCCACAAGUUCUGGUUCUUCAGUGCUGCAUACUAUUUUGGUAACUGGGCCUUUCUCGUGGUGUUCUUGAUCGGAUUAAUUGUAUCCUGCUGUAAAGGGAAGAAGUCAGUCAUAGAAGGAGUGGAUGAAGAUUCGGACUUAAGUGAUGAUGAGCCGUCUGCCUACUCUGCGUGAACGGCCUUCUGUCCUAAGGGCUUAAUGAAGCUGGCUGAAUAUCUAUUAUGCGUUUUCAAAAGUUUAAAGUAACAUUAAAAUGAACUGUCUAGCUUUCAUCAAAAAUGAGAGCAUGGCCAUUAAAAAGUACUAUAUUUUUUAUGUUUCCUGAAGUAGCAUUAUUGUAUCAUAGAUUAACAUUUAAAAUUGCUAUAAUACUGUGUAAAUACAGAGUUUCCAGGUUUGUGAGGGAAUGUUUGUGGAAAUUUUCUUUAUUGUAAAAUAGUGUUAAAUUUAUUAAAAUCUUACACAAUAUACAUUCCCUUUGUUGCUUUUAAGAAACAUAAGAAGUCACUUUGUCUUGUGCCUUAGGGUCUCUGGAAUAAUGUGAAACUUUUAAGUAGCUUCCGCUGAUUGGCUAAACAAUGUCUCAGUAUUGCUUGUGGGUAAGCAUAACUCAUGGGCAGCUUGCUUUCAAUUCUGCCCAUAACAUAAUGAGUCUAACUCAAGUAGAGUUCGUGAAAAAGUGUUAAACUGCCUAAAACCACAAGACUCUAAGAUGUGUUCCAGGUGGCAGUGUUCAGAUCUUAAUCCAUGGAGUACCUCUACAAGAAUAUGUAGAUAAAAUUUGUUUUAUAGAAGGCUUUGAAACUUGGAAGGUCAUAAAUGGAAAUGUCAAGAAUGAAUGCUGAAGACUGAGCUUACUAAGCGUGGUAGGUCACGUGACAGCAUACUCAGCUGCUUCUCAUGUAAAGGAUUUGGAAACCUGUGAAAGAAAAUGAAAGUUGUGUGACUUAACAGAGUUUUCUGACUGCGUUCUGGGCAGUGAAAAUAAAGGCUUAAUUCGCUAAUGUCAGCUAGGACUUAUUCAAAAGUAUUUACCGGGAUGCUUGAAGUAAAAGAUCUGUAUGGCUCAGGAGAAGACCUAAGAGUUAACUCGUCUGCCCCUGAAUCUUCGGCCCAAGUUCUGACUGUACUUGCUGCUCUGAUUGAUUCCCUGCCUCACCUGAGAAGCUUCUAGAACCUGCUAGGAGACUUGGCUUCUGUUCCCACUCUUAUGUGAUUCACCGGGAUGCCGAUCCCUUCUGCUCCUAGUUCACGUUUUGGGGGUGUGGGUCAGUCCCUUGGCCUCCCCCUGCAUCCCGACCCUGUACUCUUGCUUGUCUGUAAGCUCCGUUACUGCUUCAGUUGCAACACUAAGCCUCUCUGCUGUUUGUUUAUAGCAAAAGGCCUGGCCUGUCAGUAUUAGGCUCCCAUAUUGUGCCCACCAAAAAUCAAGACCGCCUUAUAUAUGAAGCCCAUCAUGAAGUUGUGUUGGUUUUUUUCUGCCUAUCUUUUCUUUACUCUGUCCUCUCUUCUAUCUACUUGGUGCCACUUACCCUGUUAGAAUAUAUCCUUCCAAAGUCACAUGUUGAAGUCCUCACUCUAGCUGGAGAAAUGGCUCAGCAGUUAAGAGCACUGGCUGCUCUUCAGAGGUCCUGAAUUCAAAUGCCAGCAACCACUUGUGAUGGGAUAUGAUGCCAUUUUAUGGUGUUUCUAAAGUCAGGGCACUCAUAUAUAUAAAAUAAAUAAAUUUAAACAAAGAAAGGUAAUCUAGGUAAGAUUAGGCCGUUGAGUGGAUCCCUCCUAGAGAUGUCUGGGCUCUGCAGGCAGCUUGGGGACGAAGUCAUGGAAGGACACAGAAAAAGGCAAUCUAUAAGCCAAAGAAAGAGACCUCUAGAAGCCAGCUCUGCCAGCACUUUGCCUGUCAACAUCUGGCUUCCAUAGCUGUUGGAUAAUACAUUUUCACUUGACAACCCAUUGAGUCCAUGGUGUUUGCCAUUGAGCCAAGGCAACUAACUAACACACGCUGCCUCCUAAACUUCCUCACUACCUGUGCUUCCAAGUCCUGACUCCUCUCAGCUUUUUCUUGACAUUUAAAACAGAAAUGGAAUUAGUUCAUUGCUUCGCUGUGAAAGGCUUUCACUUAUUUUAAAAUGAAACCCGUAAGCCCCUGCAUGGUAUUUAAGGCCGUUCUGAUGUUUUAUUUGCUUGCAGGGCUCUUGGCCAUUUCCUCUGUAUUUACAUGAGUGAUUCCUCAUAGCCGUACUUGAAUGGUUCCUUCUGCAUACUUGAAUGCCCAGGCAGCCUUUCCCCUAAGGAAAUUCUUUAUCAACCCUUGGGCUUGGGGUUAUGUUGCUCCUCUAAGGGCUGGAGGAGAGAAGAUGCUGGCUCUUGGCUGUUUGUGUGGACCAUGACAGGACAGCGGAUGGUGACUGACUGCUUCCAUGUGCACCUGCACAUUGCAAAGGUUUUCUGACUUUGUUCUUGGGAACCAGAAUAACUCGUAGAGAAUACUCGUAGAAUAACAUGUAGAGAGUACUAAUAGGUGAAUUUGCUAAUUUGAAGCUAUAAACAUGUCUACAUUGGUUAAGCCUACAUAAACUAUACUUUUAUCAAAGUAUCAGGAGGCAUAUAUAUCUUUUGAGACUUUUUUUGCUAUCUAAUAAGUUUAGAAAUAUCCUAAUUAUUCUAUAUACUUACGAUAGGAUUUUUUUUUGUUAGACCAACUUCUUAGCUUACCAUGGUACUCUUUAUUGUUUAAACAAGAAAAUUUUAAAUAUAUAUUUUGCUCCUUUCAUUUCCUGAGUGUUAAGAAGCCUACUUUAUUCAAAUGCUACUUUGUCCCCCUUUUGGUGUAAUGAAAUGUGUUGGACUUUAUAUUUCCAUAAAGCUGACUUCUAAGUGUCA